AUGAUUUCCGGGCUCGCGUUUUGUCAAUGUCUUAUUUGAAACGGCGAUCUCAUUCGCAGUCAGGGUUUGUUUUUUGUGUGUGUGUGUGUGUGUUGCACCGGCGGCGGCCCGUCCGGAGCGUCAGGGGUUAACGGGUGCUGGGGGGGAGUGUGUGACAUGAUGGUGCGCUUGUGGACGGUCUCCUCCCAUUGAAAGGGAGCACAUUUCAAACAUCACACCACUGGCUGAGUCCCGCCUCCGCGAGCGCACGCGUUCAAAGGGGGCGCUCCUGGGCGCGCGAGCCCAUCUGCAGUAAGUCUGCCUGUAGUCUUUUGCGCGCGAGACCUCACCUCACGGCGCUCUGUGGUUUCUGUUAAAACAAAACAAAAAAAACGCACAGAACGGCUUGCUGCUUUGUGUUUUAUCUGAAAUACACAUACGACGGCCUGCUUGUCCGUGUUCUGUGCUGAAUACUAACCUUCAUCGCGCGUAGCCUCAGCCCGAAGUCGAAGAGAUGCUCCCUGGCGAGUGCGUGAGGAGAGUCGUGCUCGCGCUUUGCACGCUGUUCCUGCUCGGUUGCUUCGCUGAAACGCAGGCUGUGACAUGCGGGGCACGACAGUUCCAGUGCGGAAAUGGGAAAUGCAUCACUAUGAAAUGGGUGUGUGACGGUGCAGAUGACUGCAGCGAUGGUACUGACGAGCUGCCCGCCACCUGCCGGGUAAAGACCUGCUCCCCUACUGAGUUCAGCUGUGGCGGAAGGUUGAACCAGUGUGUUCCCCAGAGCUGGCGCUGUGAUGGCAAGCCUGACUGCGAGAAUGAGGCUGACGAGGAGAGCUGUGUACCCAAGAACUGCACGAACAGUGAGUUCCGCUGUACCAGUGGGCAGUGCGUGUCGGCAUCAUUUGUGUGCGACGAGGACCGUGACUGUGAAGAUGGCAGUGAUGAGGCAUCCUGCCCGGCAGCCACAUGCAGCUCAGGUUCUUUCCAGUGUAACAACUCGGUGUGUGUGCCACGUCUGUGGGCGUGCGAUGGGGAUGCUGACUGUGAGGAUGGCUCUGAUGAGUGGCCUGAGCACUGUGGGGGCGGCCGCAAGCCAACCAGCUCCUGUUCCUCCGUGGAGUUCCACUGUGCCAGUGGGGAGUGCAUCCAUAUCACUUGGAAGUGUGAUGGAGGGACUGACUGCCAGGAUGGCUCCGAUGAGGCUAACUGCAACCAACCCACCUGCCGCCCAGAUGAGUUCCAGUGCACUGAUGGCACCUGUAUCCAUGGCAGCCGCCAGUGCGACCACCAGUACGACUGCACCGACAUGAGUGAUGAGCGUGGCUGCGUCAAUGUGACCAGGUGCGAGGGCCUGACUUGGUUCCAGUGCCGCAGUGGAGAGUGCAUCAACAUGGACAAAGUGUGCGACAACAAGCGGGACUGCCGAGACUGGUCUGAUGAACCUGUCAAGGAGUGCGAUGUCAACGAAUGCCUGUACAACAACGGCGGCUGCUCUCACAUCUGUAAUGACCUGAAGAUUGGCUACGAGUGCCUCUGCCCUGCUGGCUUCAACCUGGUGGACAAGAAACACUGUAAAGACAUUGAUGAGUGUGUCAGCCCUGACACCUGCAGCCAGAUGUGCGUUAACACAGAGGGCAGUUACAAGUGUGAGUGUGAAGAGGGCUACCAGCUGGACCCUGGAACCAAGAACUGCAAAGCUAUAGGUACAGUGGCUUAUCUGCUGUUCACCAACCGACAUGAAGUGAGGAAGAUGACACUGGACCGCAGCGAGUACACACGUUUUAUUCCCAGCCUGAAGAAUGUGGUAGCCCUGGACAUGGACAUCCCAACCAGGAAGGUCUACUGGUCAGAUUUGUCUCAGAAGAAGAUCUACAGCACACACAUGGACAAGGCUGGUAAUUCCUCCCACCACAGUGCUGUGAUUGAAAGUAACAUCAAGGGAGCGGAGGGCCUUGCUGUUGACUGGAUUCAUGGCAACAUCUACUGGACUGACAGUGUUUAUGGCACAAUCUCUGUGGCAACAAAUGAUGGGACCCGCCGCAAGACUCUUAUCAAAGAGGACCUAGCCAAGCCCCGUGCAAUUGUGGUUGACCCUCAACGGAACUUCAUGUACUGGACUGACUGGGGCAGCCCGGCUAAGAUCGAGAAAGGAGGGCUGAAUGGUGCUGAUCGCAAUCCCCUGGUGACAGAUGACAUUGUGUGGCCUAAUGGCAUCACUUUAGACAUGUUGAACCACCGGCUUUACUGGGUGGAUUCCAAACUGCACACCCUCUCCAGCGUCGAUGUUAAUGGAGGUAGCCGUCGGACCCUCAUCAUCGAUGAGCAUAAGCUGGCACAUCCCCUCUCCUUGACUGUGUUCGAGGAGAAAGUGUUCUGGACUGAUGUUGCAAACAAUGCCAUCCUGAGUGCCAACCGCCUCACAGGAGCUGACAUCACAGCUGUGGCAGAGAACCUGUUUUCCCCCGAGGGCAUUGUGCUCUACCACAACCUCAAGCAGCCCACUGGCAAAAACUGGUGUGAGGAGAGCAACAUCCCCAAUGGAGGCUGUGACUACCUGUGCCUUCCUGCGCCACAAAUCAACGACCGUUCUCCCAAGUACACCUGUGCUUGUCCAGACCACAUGACCCUAGCCCCAGACAUGAGGAAGUGCAUCUCAGUUGCGGAAACCUUGGCGCCACCUGUCAAACAUGAACGUCCAGCUGCUACUCCGAAAACCCCAGAGAGCACUACACCGCCGCAGCUGGCUCGUCCCUCUCAAGUUGCUACGACGACCGCUGUGGGUGUGCCUCCCUCCUACCCUGGCAAUCCAGGAAGGGCUAUGAACCAGCAGAAUGCUACCUCAUCACUGUAUAGCACCUCUCUGGAAGCUAGCCCAGAUGUAUUUGCUGUCAAACCCAACCAUUCUCAGUCUUCAUCCUCUGCCUUAUAUAUUGCGUUACCCAUUGCCAUCCUGUGCUUGGUGGCCUUUGGGGCUGUCUUGCUUUGGAGGAACUGGCGGGUGAGGAACACAAACAGCAUCCAUUUUGACAACCCGGUCUACCAGAAAACCACAGAGGAUGAAGUGCACAUAUGCCGGAAUCACAGUCCAGACGGCUACACUUACCCCUCGCGACAGAUGCUGAGCACAGAGGAUGACAUGGCAUGAGAUCUAUCCUGAUGGGAACAGCAAAAAAAAAAGACACAGCAACAGCCACUUUAAUGCUGCUUACUGAAAAUUUAAAGGACAUAGAGAUGCUGUUGGUGACUGAAACCACUGUGUCCUCCAAGAUGAAGGAAGGCUCAAGAGAAGAUGAUGCACUAGUGCAUAUCCAGAAAUCCCUGACUGACAUACCCAUGGCCACCGACUCCAGUGGCUGCUUUUACGCAGUAUAGGGACCGCAACCAAAAGCUCUACGUCAAAGACACAGGAAGACUUAUCCAAAGUGGAAUGUCAUUCAUUUUCUGGGGAAGUAUGUGAAUCUGAAUGUGGCUUUGACGAACUUCAAUCAUUGAACACCUAUUGAAUUUUUUUUUUUUUUUUUUUUUCUUUUUUGGAGUGAGGUCGUUUGAGGUACAUGAUGUCUUGAGUGUCUUUACAGAAGUGUACGUACACAUAUUGCACUACGUUUAGUUUGGCUGAAGGAGUUCUUCCCAGCUGAAAAAUUAAGGUUAAUAUUUGAUUAUAGCUAUGUAUAUAUGUUCUUAGUGCACCUAAAAAUUGCUUUCAUGGUGAAAGGAAGUAAAAAAUGCUAGUCUUAUAUAUUUGAGCCUGUAUUAAAAACAGCAGUGUGUGUAAAGAUUUGAUCUCCAAUAUUUAAUCCUGUGACAGGGAAUGGUGAACCACUUUUUUACUAUGGUGAUGGCUAUGUUUAUAGCAUUCAGUCAGAUUUUAUCACUUGUUUUGUGGGAAAUAAUUGAAAUGAAUCUUUUUCCGUUUUUUCCUUUUUGGUGCCCUUACAGGUCGGCUUGUGUGACUAUUACUCAGUAGUGCGUUUCUUUAACGGCACAAUGUUUGCCUGGAUGUGACCCGGACAAGCCGAUCCGGAGCCUUAACUGACAGAGGGUGACAAUCGCUUAUUGGUUGUUACCAAGUCAAUUUUAUUUUUCCUCCGGAGUGAGACAACUCAUGUAGCUUUAUGUAGUCAAGUUUUAUUUUUGCAUCAUUUUUGCAGCGUUUCCAAAUGCUAACCACAGUGGCAUUGGGAGAAGGCUCAUUUUUUGACAUCUGUGUUUGAAUUUAUUCCGUCCCUCUAAAGAAUGUUAAAGCACAAAACUGCAGAGGGCAGAGCUUUACCUUCUUUCAACCUGAUGU